AUGGAAGUGGGGGGGCAUGCGCUGUCACGCAGAGUAAUGGUGGUGGCAGAUCCAACAAGGGAGUCUGCGGGUGCACUCCAAUAUGCACUUUCUCAUGCAGUUGUUGAGCAGGACGAGUUGAUCCUUCUCCACGUGGAGAAUCCAAGCUCAUGGAGAAACACAUUCUCGACAUUCCUCAGGCGGCCAAGCCACUCAGCGACCUCCACAGCGGCAGCUACCUUCUUAGAAGGUGGUGCAGGCGAUCACGUCGAUUUUCUUGAGGAAAUGAGGUGGGCAUGCAAACUUGCACAGCCAAGGGUACGUGUGCGUGUAGAGAGGGUGGCAAUGGAAGGCAAAGAAAAGGCAACCACUAUUCUGUUUCAAAGCAUGGCUUUUGGGGUUGAUGUCCUGGUUAUAGGGCAGCGUCGGAGUCUUUCCUCUUCACUAUUGGGAUAUAAGCGACCCGGAGGGUCACUGAAAGGGGCAAAAUCCAUAGACACAGCAGAAUACUUGAUUGAGAACAGCAAGUGCACCUGUGUUGGAGUACAGAAGAAGGGCCAAAAUGCAGGCUUCGUUCUCAAUUCUAAAACCCACAAGAACUUCUGGCUACUGGCUUAA